CCACCACCUCUUACCUCACUUUGGGAUGCCCUUUCCCUUGCUUUUCAGGCCUCAAUUGCCUGCAUAUACCUGCAGAUCAUGUCUGGUUCGCUUAGUCAAGGCUUCCAAGCGGACAAUCUUCUCAACUUCCAAAGGAAAGAAGUCUAAGUCAGCACUUCCAUCUACACCGGCCCGUACGCGUUUCGCACCUUCUCCAACCGGAUAUCUUCAUCUAGGCUCUCUUCGGACGGCGCUAUUCAACUACCUCCUUGCAAAGCGUACUGGCGGUCAAUUCCUCCUCCGGAUAGAAGACACCGACCAAAAGCGCACGAUACCAGACGCUGAAUCGCGCCUCUUCCGCGACCUGCGGUGGGCUGGCCUGCAAUGGGAUGAAGGACCAGAGGUGGGAGGACCGUAUGGCCCAUAUAAGCAAUCGGAAAGGAGCGAAAUAUAUCGGCAACAUGCGCAUCGGCUGCUUGAGAACGGGCAUGCAUACCGGUGCUUCUGCUCUGCGGAGCGCUUGAACGCACUUGCAGAGCAAAGGCAUAAGCUGGGCAUCGCAACGGACUACGACCGCACAUGUGCCAACGUCCCAAAAGAAGAGUCGGAUGACAGAGCAGCGAAAGGCGAAUCGCACGUUAUACGGCUCCGGGUUCCUGACCAAUACCCCAUCUAUGAAGAUCUCAUAUACGGAGCCUUCAGGCCUCUAAAGCGGCGCGGUCACGUCACGGAGUCCGCCUUUGAAGACCCCAUCCUGCUGAAAUCCGACGGCCUGCCUACGUACCAUCUCGCAAAUGUCGUGGACGACCAUCACAUGAAGAUCACCCAUGUGAUCCGUGGGUCGGAAUGGAUGCCUUCGACACCGAAGCACAUUGCCAUGUAUAACGCUUUUGGUUGGACGCCGCCGCAAUUCGCCCAUGUUGGCUUACUGGUGGACGAGCAGGGGAACAAGUUAUCGAAACGCAACUUCGACACGGACAUAUCUGCCUUCCGCGAAAUGGAAAUCUUCCCCGAGACAUUGACCAAUUUCGCUGCCCUGCUGGGAUGGUCGCACCAGAAGAAGUCGGAUGUCAUGGAUCUCAAGGCCCUAGUCGACAAGUUCACGCUGAAGUUUACGAAGGGGAACACAACCGUCACGUUUGGAAAACUGCACUUCUUGCAGCGCAAACACGCUGCCCUUCGCGUCGAAGCCGGCGGCAAAGGCCUACAAGAAAUGGUCCAACACGUAGCCCGCGUCCUUACCGAUCCCGAUUCGCCCUACCAAGACUGGCAGCAAGUCAUCGGAUCCGCCUUCCCCGAAAAAUACAUCUCGCGCGUCAUCCAAGCCGACGCAGAGAACUACACCAAUGCCAACGAAUUCCUCUACCGCAACUCGUUCCUGUUCACGUCCCUCCGACACCCAUCGUCUUUCACCGGCGCAGAAGGCAUCCCGCAAGAUGCAAAGAUGCUUGCGGAGGUGAAGAAUUGGACGCGAGAGGAUCUCAUGGAGAAGGUGCACGAGAUUAUUGAUAAUAGGCCGGAGGGCCGGCAGGGUGCCAAGCCGGUGUAUCAGUAUUUGAGGAUGGCGCUUUCAGGUCAGAAAGAAGGCAUGCGGUUAUAUGACAUUAUGCUUAUGUUGGGGAGGAAGGAGAGCUUGGCGAGACUGGGGGUGGAGGGUGUAUGAUCGGUGAAUAGGAGGAGUGGGAUGUGUAGGAUACUUGUGAAGAAUUGUACUUGUACUGUACGUACGCUUGGCAUAGCGACGGAGCUGUAUAGGGAUGCAAGACCGCUUCCAUACCAGAUCAGAGCCUCGCAUGUAUAAUACAAGCAAUUUUGGCAUGAAUACGAUUCGUGAUAGCAUGAUAACAUGCGCUAUUCCAAGGUACGGACGAAGGGGUUCAUCUAGUCAAAUCCGAGUUGUGCAAGCUAUCUUCAUCGCUGUCCUGAUCACCAAGGAGC